AUGAUCGAGAUGGAGCCGCUACUGUCGUCGCGACGAACCGACGAAGCCCAGAUUCUGGAGAGACAUUCCGAAGAGGCGUGGCCGCGGGAAUACCUCUUCCAGCAAGAGUUCGACGCCAUUUUCGCCGAACUUCUCGCUCAAUACCGGGGAGGUCGAUUCACCGAGACCACCGAUCGCACCGACUUCCGGGCGUUCGUCCGAAUGUUCCGAGAGUUAACACUCCGGAAGGAGGAGCUGCAGAGCCGGCUGUUUCCGGAAGUGAAAGUGGAACGGGAAGUGGUUUCGGAGGAGGCGAUACGGGAGAUCUACGUGGAAAUGCGGCUGGAUAAGGAGGCGAACGCGGCGAACCGAUUCAGUUUUCGAUCGCUCUUCCUCGGGUGCGUCGGACGAUAA